AUGGCAAGUGCUGAAGGCUUGCAUUUGACACUUGUUAUUAACUCCUUCUUCAACGCUUUCUUGUCUUUCACCGCCAUCGUAUUAAACAUCAUAACAAUGCAAGCCCUCAGAAAAACGUCGUCGUUACCUAAGACUUUAAAAACUUUGCUACUAAGUUUGGCUGUGUCUGAUCUGGGUGUAGGCUUCCUUGUCCAACCACUGUAUCUUGCAAUUCUUGUGAUGAUAAUAAAACAAAACACAAACAGUACUGCUUAUAAAGCGGUAAACGAAGCGUAUUUAAUCCAGAAAAAAACAUUGGUCUUUGCUUCGAAUUUUAGUGUUUUUGCAUUAGCUGUGGACAGAUUCUUGGCCAUUUAUCUUCAUCUCAGAUAUCAGGAGCUUGUGACUCACAAACGUGUUGUUGCUGUUGUGAUCUCAGUCUGGGUGUUUAGUGCAUCAAUUUCCAUCCUACGUAAAUUGUAUGAUUGUGAUAUUAUGCGAGCGGUCAUUUUAGUUGUUUGUGUCGUAACUACAGGAUUGCUUUAUUGCAAGAUAUACGCAGCCGUGAGACACCACACAAAGCAGAUUCACGCUCUGCAAGUACAACAGGCAACACAGAAUGAAGAUAUGGCAAACGCCACAAGACUGAAAAAAUCUUCACUGGCUACAUUCUACAUUUAUUUCGUGUACUUAGUUUGUUAUUUGCCAAUAUGUUGUGUUGUUUUUGCCAAGGCCAAUGGUGAAACUCCCUUGUUAUCUCAUUUAUGGUAUAUCACAUUGACCCUUGUGUUUCUCAAUUCAUCCCUCAAUCCCUUGAUCUACUGCUGGAAGAUGAGACACAUUCGACAAACUGUUUUGGAUAUACUUCGAAAUAUUUUUGCGAUUGGCCCACACUAAAGAAAGGAUCUAACUGAGAAUAACUUCUGCCUUUUUCUCUCUGAGCGGUGAAAAUAUUAGCUUUUCAGCAAUACAAUUGGAAAAAUGACACUAAAUAUAAAUGAGACCUGAAACCUUCUUGUACUCCCUGUUUGAAGGCAAAGGGAUAAAUAUAUGAUUGAGUUAGUAUAAGUUGAUGAGAUUUCAGUUUGCUUUGGAAUAAUUAACAAAUAACGGAAACUCGAUCUGAAAGCAUUAUUUAUCAAAGUCAGAAAGAGGGCAAAAAGAAAAAGCUACGAAGGUGGUUUAGGGCAAGUGACUUGAUAAAUAGGGGGCCGUCAGUUUCCAAAUUUUUAUGGGCAAAAAGUUCUGUGUACAGUAAAGUGUCUUAAAAAGUUUAUCAGAUUUUGUUAGCCAUAGAGCAUACAAGGAAGAAAACUAACUAAAGAGGAGAGAGAUCAAAACUAUAUCAAUAAAUCUUCCAUACUGAAUGUAACAAGAGUGGCAAAAAGAUUUACCGAUAUAACAACAACAACAACAACAACAACAACAACAACAACACAUAAUAAUAAUUAUUAUUAUUAUAAAAAUAAUAAUAAGAAGAAUACUAAUAAGAAUACUAAUGAUAAGGAGAACAACACAGCCUAUUUGUUGAGAAAGACGAAACCUCUACUGGUAGUUUAUACUGUUGAGAAUAUAUAUUACAAUAAAGUUCAAUAAAGUUCACGUGAAAAAGUUAAAAUGUUUUGAAGAAUGGUAAAAAUAUACCAUUUAAGAGGCAGUCCGUGUAAGAACAGACCACUCGAAUUUCCGCGGAAAACAGAAUUUCUUCAUUUUUUUUCUGCCACGUAAGUAUGAUUUUCAUUCAUGCUUCCUUUAUUCAAAAAAGGCAAAAUAUUUAAAUUCUGACUUAAAAAAAAAGGAAUUAUUUUUGUUGAAAAUACAACGUGAAGCGUCCUUGAAAAAAAUGCGCGGUUGUCCUAGUUUUGAAAUGAGCUUUUUUCAAAAGUCUGACGUUAUCUGGAGUCUUGGUCACUAUCCCUGUUUAGUACUAGCGGCUAGUGUAUCGAAAUCAAGAAAAACAUUUUUGGGCACUGGUGAUUCCGAAGCACAAGAGUUGGGUAAUAUUGGACUUUAAUUGUUCGUAUGACGUAAAUUACGUAAAAUUCCGAAAAUAAGCUCCUCCAUGUACAGGCCCCCUCCAAAUAUAAGCCCCCAAACUCGUAACGCAAAAACCCUCCGCUAAAUCGCCCCUCCAAAUAUAGGCCACUGGGGCUAAAUGUACCUGGAAAAUUGCCCUCAAAUACAAAGUAAAACAAAGCAAAAACGGUAAAUUUGCUUUCAACUAUAAGGCUAGCCCAAUCGGUUUUGAAACGCAAAUUUCCCUCCGUAGAUAAGCCCCUCCGAAUAUAAGCCCCUCAAAAAGGGCCUUUGAAAAAUAUAUAAGCUCGGGGCUUAAUUUUGGAAUUUUACGGUAUAUUAAAAAGUAGCUUUUAUUGUUCGAGAUAAACUGUAAAUAACUAACAACUUACCAAAAUGCUACACGAAAGCAGAAAUUGCGAAGUUUAAUACCCGAAAUUAUCGAUUCCGGCGUCAGUUGUCGUCUAAGUUUUCUUCUAAAAAGUUGUUAACAAAAUUUAUUUCAAUUAAAUUGGUCUUAGGUUUGCAUGAUCAACAAAGAAAGAAAAAAUCUUUUCAUUCAAGUUAAGCAUAUAAGUAUUUGACGAAAGUGAGUUCUGUUUAAAAGAAUUACACAUUUUAUUAAAAACACUCGGUAGAACGCAGCCGCAAUUCAAAUCAUCUGAAGAGUGUUAAUUUCCCGUCACGCUGGCUACACGUGAAUGUCAGUUUUUUUAGCUUGUCACGCGUAUUUACUUUUUUUUAUUACGGUUGACAAAAAACAUGUUCUUUUCUAAUUCGACUUUUUAAACAUUAUAAAAGUCAUAAAACGUCUUUUCAAGUUUUUGAAAAAUAACUGCCCUCACGAUUUUUUUUUCGUUGCCUUUCAUGAAUUCAAGGUUGAAACACCCUGUUGGUUACUUUAAUAGCAGUUUGUGCCUUAAUGCGGCUGGUUACAGUCACAGCCUUCAAGAAAUUCGGAUAGGUUUGCUACAAGAUUUUUUUUUCUAUCGCGAGAACUAAAAGGAAUUUCAAAGUAUUUCAACAUGUCCUUGAGCAUAGCAACGCUAAAUGUUUCAAGUUUCUUAUCGAGUGAAAGGUCACAUAAACAGUAUGAAUCAUAGCAGAUAGGAUGCUUAUGGCCAAGGUGGGUGGCCACCUCUUCCAGGACGGCUCGUCUCUCCUGCUCUUCCUGUUCUGCCUGUACGUCUUCAUUGAGCGCUUCCCGAUGUGCCUUUUUUCUUCUCGAGGCCGCUAGCCUGUACUUGACCUUUUGUGAGCCAGUGUUUCCUUUCAAACAUCAGAGAACUAUCUGGGUUUCUUGCAGUUCGCAUAUCUGCUGCCAUUUUUGCGGGAUCUGACUUGAUGCCAGUUCUUUCUCCAAGGUCAAAGUUCGCUGUUAGGUACUGUUUAACCUCGGUAGGAAAACGCACAGCUUCGUUUCGGGGCUUGUGUAAAGGCCAUCCAGUCUACAAGUCAUUGCAUUGGGGAGAGCGGCCAGUUUCAUUCUUUUCGUGACGCUCCUCUCCAACUGCUUCGGGCAUGCUUCUGAUUUAGUUUCUUCGUCCUUAUCAACAGUACGAAAUUUCUCCGCCCAGUCUCUUCUGAGCUUGUCAUACACCGUAUCAGAGUUUCGGCGAACUUGGCUGUGCUCACCAAGAUCAAGGUGAUUUUCGAGUUCACUGAAUUUCUUGAAAACCAUGUUGCACCCGGGCUCAGAACAAGAGAAAAGACCGUUGCAUUGUUCAUUUUCACUGUCUGUCUCUCUCUUAUAUACUCCAGCUUCUUUGAGAGUAAAGAAGUUUUCAUGCACAAUGAGAUCAGUAGGACCUUGAGGUUCAGUUAUGACCUCUCGCGCGGUAAGGAAUAAACCUGCCUAUUCCAACACCAUAAGCUCUCCAUGCUCUAAUUCCUUUCACUUCAAACUUGAAAUUGUGAUACUUGCUGAAACCUUCUAUCUUAUGUACUUCGAGUGUCUUUUGAGUCUCAUUCAUUGCACACACGGAGGCAGUUGUACCUUGAACAGGGCGUUCUGAAAGCGCUACACGCAUGUCUUUCGCAGAAACGACAUCGUGUCCCUCAUUGCAAUAUCGUCGGAUGGAUGCUUUCAUUGGGCAAAGGAUUCUAUCACAGAUAUCUUUUCCAUAUUGCGGCUCGGAAAAGUCAUACCGUGCUAGUUCAAUGCCUACUCGUCUUCCGGCAUCUCUAACGGCGUCUAAGAGAAAGUUAUUGUGGUAACAGCCUGCUUCGUCACUCCUUAGGUUCACUUGGGUAAUCUGGGGAUGUUCUUUCUUUACAACCUCAAGUGUGUCUUCGAUGAUCGAGCAUACUGCGUACCAGUCUUGCUGGCAAGAGUCGAAGAUAUGAGCAUACGAUUUCAGCUCAAUUUUUCCAGAGUCAGCAUUCUUAGUUAUAAAGGUGGAAAUAUGCCUGCUGAGCCCCCGUUUGCCGAACCAUUCAGACUGUUUCUCACGAAAUUUUAUUUGGAGGAACUUCAUGGCCCAGUCCAUGAUCAGAAUGGCUGCCUGUGGGUCUUCUGAUUUCAGUGCAUCUUGUUUCGCCUCCUCUUGAUUUAUUGGGCACACAAUGUGCGCUUUCCACAGCAUGAUGUCUGACUGUGCACGGUCAAAGUCGUAAAGGAAAUCUUCUCGUUUUUCGGAACUAUAAGGCUUCCAUGAUGACUCUUCAAUCGCUAGUCUCACUUCCUUUAGAACAUUCUUCAGCACUUGGCAUUGCCCGCAAGUCGAUUGAUGCUGAUGCGGACAAGGAUGCUGGAGGUUGAGAAUAACAGGAUCACUAAGCGCAAACUUUCUACAGUGGUCAGCGCAAGUAGAGUGAGACUGUUGACAGUGCACACGGUAGUCAGUUUUGAGAUAGCGUUUAGCAUCGCGUAGGUUUUGGCAAAUACGUAGACACCACAGUUUUUCCAUUCCUCCUUUCUCAAGAGUUUCAACCAGCGUCUCGAUAGUCUGAAAGCCCUCAGCACCAUUUGCAGCUGUAUUGUUUAAGCCCUAGAGCGAUUUACUCUGAGACGCUUCUCGAACUUCUAAUAUUUUGAACAGCGUAGACCUACUAAGUGGCUCGUGACAUUGCUCUUUGCAAUACUCCAAGUAUUGCUCAAUCAUUGUAGACCUGGUCAGGAUCCUUACAACGUUAGGCAUCUCAAGACCUUGUUACCAUAUGAAACAUCCUGAUAAAAAUAAGGUCCAUUAAUGAAUUCUACAUAGUGGUCGACCUUCCCCAUAUCAAGGCGUUCGCGAUGUUUCGUCUUGAUUUCAGGGAUGGUCCCAGGGCCGUGCAUUUUCGCAUGAGAACGUGCUUGCUUUAUUUCCCAUGUAGACGGAGACUUCCGUAAGGUUUGUGAAUUUUCUUCAGCUUUGUCAUAGGGUAUCUAUGAGCGUAAAGGCUCAGAAUCUGUUUCUUUAAAUUCCUGGUCUUCGCAUUCUUAUAAGUAGUCUUGAGUACCACAAGAUCAUCGGGGGCUGAGCCAUCAAAUAUUUCUCUUUGUACAGACAUCAUUGACUCGAAGAGCUCCUCCCCGUUACCUGGAGCAAUUACACUAGAUACGUGCAAGCAGUCCUCUUCAGCCUUUUUUACAACUUUCAACUGUUUCCCAUCGCUUAAGUUUUGGAAUGGAGUUUUAAGCUGAUACUUAAGUACCCUGCAAACAGUCUGCUUCGAUCUUCCUAGAUAAGUCGGGAACAGGAAGGAACCUCUGCCGACAUCCUCGACAAUUCAUAUUGAGCAUGCCAAAUUCAAAUUUUUCUGCGACGUCAAUCAAACCGUUACCGUAGCAUCCACUGUGUUUGUCAGCAAAUGUGAAUGUUAGCGGGAACGUACCGGUUCGUUUUCACCCUUCCUUAGCUGUGUUUCCUCUGGAUUUGGAAGCUCUAUAGGAACAAUUUCACCUUUGGCAUCUAAACUUGCCAUGUUUCAGUGUAAAGAAGUUAAAAAAAUCUUAGAGCUAAGGUAAAACCUACGGUGCUUUUCAAAAACAAAGCAUCUAACCUUGAACCCCUGGGUCUCCGAGGAUGGGGAUUCCAAGACGGUGGCGUUGAUUGGUCUUCAAGAAAUGGAGUCGAAGUGACCAUGCGACCGAUGGCUCCCAAAGCAGCCUCUUUAGCAGGUCUGCGGAGAAUAGAAAUGGAAAGGCUGCUACUUAGUUGCCUUGCGAUGGGAUAACCUGACAGGACAACCGUGUACGUAUUUUUUUAUGAAACAACAACCAAACGACUAUCCUCCCGACAGUACCUUUGAAGCAGCACAUCUCCCUCAGUUUCCUCAGGGUAUAGCCAGUCUGAUUUCCGAUCUAAUUCUUCACUGUGUUUCUUUCUGCACGUUGUACAAAUAGUUAGUAACAAAAAGAAACAAAAAAUAGUUUUGCAACCUGGAAAGACUUGUUAAAAAAUACUAAAGGAUAAAAGAAGCUACCGUAUAUCUUUUUAGUAAAAUCCAACUAGUUGUCUGUUAUCACUGUUGCGUUCUGAUUGGUUGAGCUACUACUAGGCAAUGUGUUAUAGCCCACUAGUAGCGAAAAGAGCCGGCUUUGAAAACCCAAACAAUGGCGGCUGAGUCGCGUUUUGCUAGCUAAACUUUUUUUUUUUUUCCGAUAUUUUUGAGCAACUAGUUGGAUUUUACUAAUUCCUCUCGCCCUCAUGGCCUCUGAGUUAAUAGCCCAUUCGGGCUCGAGCAAUAAUUGUUAAGUAUCCCAUUUUGGAAAUUAUAUUAUAUGGUCUAUAAAUUAGCGACCAGAUUUAUGGAUGACGCACAGCAAAGAACUAUUGCUAAUGAACUACAAAAACCAAAUUAUGAUCAUUUGAUGUGUCAUUUGUUUGGAAAUGAUUUUCUGCCCGCAAAAUACUUUCAAAUACGAGAUCGAUCGUUUAACGUUCAGGAAAUGUAUAGAGUGGGACUUCCCCUCAGUAUAUAGCUCGCUUUUAGGUAAUUAGAUUACGAACGAAAGUUUCCAGUUGAAAUGUUUAGGAAGACAAAACAUUUUAAUGCUGUAUGAUAUGCUAAAAUGAAAGGAUAAAACAGUUAUAGUUGCUAGUCUGAUAGUACUUACGCGAGUCAACGGGAACGGCUUCUCCGAAGAUAUUGUUUAUUCCCUUGCAGUCUUGAAAUUAACAACAUGUGUUCCGGCUAUUGUCAUUUUCUUCCCGUGAUGUUUUGGGCACUGGCAGGUCUUUGGAGCUUUCCAGUAUUUUCCCAAAGUGUAGCGAUGGACUGGAAAAACCGUCAUAUUCUUGAUCUGAUCGUCAGUGAGUUCUACCAGACCUGCCCUUGCCAGUAUCAGAUCCAUUUCACAAACAUUUUCCCUUGAUAGGUGGUGAUUCAUUAGAUGUGAACUGAUGUCAGCGUUGCAACUAUUCAAGCACACAAAAUCUGCACAUCCUCGAUUACUUCCGCAUUUUCCGCCUGUUAUUGCGGAAAAAGAACAAAAUGCAGUCAUUCUCAUUCUCAUUCUCCCGGCACAAUAUAAAUAUGCUCUACGUUUUGUGUUGCAAAUUUGCAUACGAAAUUAAAUUAAGUGAACGACGCCAGAAAAAUUAACUAAAAAAAUAGUAAAUAGUAAACCAGCAGAACGUUUUUAUUGUUAAUAGUAGCCAGUUUUUUUGUACUUUGUUUAUUUUAAUUCGUUAAGCCUGAUAAGUAGUUUCAGCUUCGAUAAAAUAACAUCCAACAUGUUUUGCACUGCGAACUGAAAUCUGAAAUUGACAUCGUCAGACACAACAUAAAUUAUGUCGCCUGCACACAAAAACUUGUGGCUAGAAAAUUCGGUACAUUUUGGUAAACUAUUUCUUUGCUGAAUCGUGUUAUAACUUUUGAGGUGGUAAUUACACGGUAAAUCAAUUGAUAAUGUAUUUUGAUUUUUUAACCGUUCGUAGCCCCUUUAUUUCAGGGAAAUUUCUAAACUGUUUAGCCACAACUUGACAUAGCAACAUUCACCGGAGUUUGAAAAUAGCUGCUCCCUGACAGUAAUGAUUUUCAGUUUUUUAGUAGGAAAGUUCGGAAUCAAGAAAUGUGUAAAUUACGUCAUACGCACAAUUACAGUAGAAUAUUACCCAACUUUAUCGAACUCUUGUGCUUCGGAAUCAACAGUGCCCAAAAAUGUUUUCCUUGACUUCAAUACACUAGCCCUAGUACUGAACAGGCAUAGUGACCAAAACUCCAGAUAACGUCAGACGUUUGAAAAAAGCUCAUUUCAAAACUAGGACAACCGCGCAUUUUUUUCAAGGACGCUUUACGUUGUAUUUUCAAAACAUCAUAAUUCCUUUUUUUUUUAAGUCAGAAUUAAAAUAUUUUGCCUUUUUUGAAUAAAGGAAGCAUGAAUUAAAAUCAUACUUUUGUCUUAUGCUACUUGGGUAAAUGUUAGAUUUUUGCGAGCCUUGAACAAAACGCUUAAAUUUGACCUUAAAAAAGACGAUCAUGACAGCUUUGGACCGUCCAGGCAAAUCGCCGCCCAAAUUUUUUUUAGGGCCUGUUUACAUGGAGGUGAGGGACCCCAGGUUGGUGAGGUAACCCGUUUAAGUGGGUUAACCCGCCUGUCCAUAUAAUCUCUCAGUUUAAGUUGAUCACGUUUACGUGAUAGUGGGGUGACCCGCCGAGGCGGGAGACCGGGUAACCCUCCCUGCCGUGGUGAAAUUUUACCAUAAACGUUUCAAGGUGGGGUAACCCGCCUAGCCAGGGUCGGUUUCGUGAUACAUCGAAUUCGAGCAAAAAUCACUUUGGCGUUGGCUUUGCAUCAUUAUUAAAGGUAACAAUAGAAAGCCAUAGGACUGAAGGUUGCAGCAAGAGCAGCAAGUGAGUAUUGAAGAGCAUUAAUCCCCAAAACACGUGGUUUGCCAGUAUUCUUCUUGUGUACGUGCUCAACGACCAUUGAAUAAUCUUGAGAAAGUGUGCCCCGGGAUGGCGGGGUUGUAAGAUUGCAUGUAAAGGAGGGUUAUUUUUUUACCCCACCUAAGCGGGUUACCUCACCCACCUUGGGUCCCCCACCUUCAUCUAAACAGAAAAAACACUAUCAGCCAAACAAACUCGAUUUUUGUUAAUGGAAUGGGCUAAUUGUGUCGCAGAAAAAAAAUGAAGGAAUUCUGUUUUCCGCCGAAAUUCGAGUGGUCGGUUCUUACACGGACCGCCUCAUAAAAAGCUUUGUUUAUGCACAGCUAGCCUCGUAGAGAGAACGAGGCUAGCCGUGCAUAAACAAAGCUUUUUAAAUCUCCUAAAACAAAAUGGCGGCCGCGUGACAAAGGUCUAUUGCCUAAUUCCUUUGUAUCGCGUAUCGUAUGUCUGGCCUGGGGGUUAGUCCCUGUAAUCCCCGGUUCCAUGUCUCAGGUACAUGAAAGGAUAAGGAUUUCACUAGUUGAAAUAAAUAAAACGGUGGGGAAAUUUGUCAUUUCGGUCCGUAAAAAGACCCAAAACAACUGAAAGAUGCAUUAUGUCUGUGAGAGAGUCGGCGCAAGAAAGCUCUCUGGCUUUCUGAUUUGUUCACAUUUAAAAGACAGUGCAUUUACAGCAGUUCGAAGGGAUACAAAGUUCUAAACUAGGUAUGUGAAAGGGGUACCAUUUAUCAAUAGAAAGCAGACGAAAGGGGUACUGUUGAAGUGACAAAUGCAAUAAUUGACCACAAAUAUAGUAAAAAUCGGCCGCAAGUGUAAUAGAAACCUAAAAUGCCUAAAAUGCGUUGCAGGCGCUAGGAAAUAAAUGGGCGCAAGAAAAAACGCGCGCGCGAUAAGGAGACACGCGAGGGGAGAGGGCGCACGCACUCGCACGCGCCCGUUCUUUCUUGCGCUCAUUUACUUCCCAGCGCCUUCCAAGCAGGCUAGCGGCACCCUUUCGAACAACACAAUUCUAUUGCAUUUAAUCCAAAGAGCGCAGCCCUCAAAUAUCUUUUGCAACUUAAAGUCGAAAACCAGUAAGCGCCGUGGCGCUCUUUCAAGUAAACAGAAUUUACUACACUCUUCUUGCGCCCGCUCGCUCGCUCUCCGGACAAGAAACAUUUUUUUUACUUGGCCUGACCGUAUCCGCAAAACGGGACUAGUGUGCGAGAAUUUGCAUCAUAUAUUGGGAGUGUCACGUGGACAAACUAAAAGCAAGGGGUAACCCCUGAUCUGCCUUCCCCGCGCAUGCGCGGGAGAACUGCCUUGCGGUUCUCAGCCAGCAGCUCCCAAAAUUGGCUCAAUGACCAAAAUUGUGUCUCCCCAAGUUCAACACGGAUACAAACUGGAAAAUAUGAAAUCUGCGGGGUUCCCAUAACUGUGGAAGACAGAACGUGCUUGGUUUGCAAACAAGACCAAGUCGAAGGUGAACAACACUUCUUGCUGUUUUGCAGUGGGUACAAUGUAUUGCGACAGGAGUUAAUUAAUUUUAAUUCAAGUAAGGAUGUUGCUUUUGUGAAUCUUACUGCCCAUGACAGAAUAAAAUAUUAAUAAACAGCAGACAAUAAUACUUGUAAAAUAAUAGUCAAAUAUAUUAAUCUUACGUUCAAAAAGAGGAAAGAAUUAUUGAAAAUGUAACUUGAUAGAAAAUCUUUGAUGAUUUUAUGGUGCGUACAUUAUUAGUUAAACCGCGGUUAUUGUUACUUAAAUGUAAAAGACCUUUAUUGUGAACAGCCCGAUGAGUAAGACACAAAAAAGAUACUGUUAAUUUUACUGUUACUCCAGCGAGUCUCACAUAAAGUAAAUACCAUCAUCAGUAGACAAAAGGACUUCUUCCAGAUCAAUGUCUGUUAAAUAGUACAUGAAAGUCGUAUUUUUCUAGUUACCAGAAAGUAGAGUAAUCUGACUUGAUGAGAGCGUGCUGAUAGGCCACUAGCUCCCGCUGUAGAUUUAUCUGCAAGACGCUGUUGAGAGUGAAAGAGUUUAUAAAAGACUAUAAAAGGCCGUAAUUAUAUUUGUUUUCAUGAUAAGUUUCGUGCCAGAUGAAUAUUGUUGAAUGUAUAGCAAAUGUGGGAGCCAUGAUGUAAAGGAGGAAAGCUAUUUAACCAAUGGAGGACUGUUUUUGCAUGCAGUUCUAAUGUUAAAUUUAAUAUCAAUUCGUCUUCGAAAAUGAGAGGGUAAUUUGGAACUUCUGAAUCCUUCUUAAUUAAAGCCACUGAUGACCUCGCUGAUUUCAUAGCUUAACAUGUAACACAACUAGCAAUGACCUUAACCUUCUAAUGCAUGAAGAUUUUCAGAGGUUGUAAAGGAAAUGUUUUGCCUGAUCUGAAUUUGUCUGCAAGAAAAAAUGGUCGAGGGUACACGGUCCUACCGAGACAGAUUACAUACAACAAAAGAAACAAUACACCCAAAAAAUAAAGCUUCCAUGAGAACCCUAUAAUAACAGAUGUAUGCAGGCUGGACACAUGUCUUCAGUUCGCUUGUUAACACCUAUAGCCCUACUACUAAAAUAUAUAACAAUUAUUCACCGAAGUGGAGGUGGCUAGUCGUGGAUAUUUUACCGAACUGCGAAGCAGUGAGGUAAAUAUCCACGACUAGCCACCGACACUGAGGUGAAUAAUUGUUUUAGUAUAUACUAAAACAGUGAGAUAAUUGAGCACAAAAAUGAUGAUUUUUAACUCAAAUACUGUUGCCAACGAUUACAAUUUUGGCGCGUAAUGACCGGGCGGCGGGUGCCGUCGCUUUUUCUUGCCGACAAUUAAAACUUUUGCAGACAUUUGUUUAGCUCUUGCGGGGAAAUUUCUUCAAAAAGAGGUGUGCAUUCUUUUUGUAUUUAAAAUCAUUCUAUAACAAAAGAUUAUUAAAUUUAGUUUUAAGCUUAUUUAUGAACAACUCAACUAAAUAAAGUAACGCAAGACUUAAACUUAAUUUGCAUUUGUAAACAAAAAUUUUUUCACCGGUUUUAUCGAUAAAUUCGUGUCAAAAAGACAAAGCUUUACCUGUUAAAACUUCCAAUCCGAACUUCGUCACCAUCUUCGUGUAUUUUGGAAACAGCUUGCUUGAUUAGUUGUGAAAUUUCUUUGUUUGUUUACGGCAGCAAACCGGGAAGGCAUUUUGCUCGCAACUUACGCGAGUUUGGCGUCGCUCGCUCGGAGGAACUGGAGGUGAAUCAGUGAAUAGUGCAGGAUAUUCACUGAUUGAGUAGCCAAUCAGAGCGCGUGAAAAACACUAUCCACUGUUUUAGUAUAUACUAAAUAGAUUUAGCCAGCAGUGCUAAAAGUGACGCUAGGCUCUCGUUAAUAUACUUGUAAAUAAUUUACUCAAACAAGAAAAUAUAUUUUUUAUUUUAUUUAAUAGUCAUUUAUUUACACAACACAUGUUACAGUUACAAAUUUUAAAACUAGAAGAAAGUAUAUAACGAUAUUACAGAUCGGACCAUAAUGAUUGCAUAAAAACGGAAAAGAAUAACACAUCAGUUCACACAAUAGCAUUAGACCUGUUAAUUAACAGGUUCUGAUUCUGGUAAAGUUGAAUUCUUUCUAACUAAUUGAAGGAAGAGGUUUUUCGAAAUCAUACCUCCAACUGAUUCUAGCCUUAAAUUCAUCCAAAGAUAAAUCUUUAGGGGCUAACAUAUUUAUGUACAAGUAAUAUUUAGAAAGCAGAAGAGUGAAAUCGAGCUUUUUGACAAUUUCCAAUCAUUUCUAUCAUUUAAAAAGCUAAAAGUACUAGUUUCUUUUGACAAGAUUUCUGAAACCCCGAACUUUGAGUGACAAGAUGAAGUGUUUACCUUGCACGGUUACUUUCAGAUCAGGGCAUGGGGAAAAAAACACUAAAAGAGAAUCUGUUAAUUAACUGGCCGAUAAUCAGGAGAAUAGCUACCAUCAAGAGGAUAUAAGUACAACUCAGUGCCUGAUACAGACCUGGGGGACCUGGUCAUCCAGAGGGGGGGGCAGUCUCCAAAAAAAAUUUGUUUGGCCCUUCGGGCCUCAGUUUGGUCUAAAAAUAAGAGGGGAUGAGAGGCAGGUCCCCCUGGGCCCCUCCCCUGGAUCCGCCACUGCAACGUCAGACAACCAAAUUUCAAUGAUUUUUCAAGGACAAAUUACAGUUUUUGAAGACUAAGAUUUUUUAAUAAAUCGGCAUUCUGUAACCCCCUUUGAUCACUCUAUUGGCUAAAACCCUAGCCUUUACAAUUAAUUUUUACCUCCAUACUUUUGUCCGCAACAAGACUGACUGGGUAUGACUUGCCAUUGCUUCUGAGGUGCAGAAAUCGUUCAUGCGCAAAAAUGUUUUUACGUUACCAGUGAGUGUUACAGGUUCUUAUACACCGAGGAUGAGCGAAAUUCUCCUCGGCAAAAUAAUCUGAGUAAUUUUACAGAAAAUUGAAGGUGUCUACAACGUUGUGAAUUUCGAGGACUUUUCAAGACCUAAUAGAGACAUCAAGUAUUUUUUAGGGAUCUAAACCGAAUUCAAGGACUCAGACUUUUCAAGACGACUAGUAAAAUUCAAGGCCUUUUCAAGAUUGAACGGACCAAGUAUAACAGAAACAGAAAGCAACGCUAAACGGCGACGGCAACGAAAACGACAAAAAAAUAGUAAAUAGGUCUAAUAGAGAGAAGAAAAGUGACGUCACGUUGCCAUGGUAGCAAAAAUUCUGGGUGAAAACAAUGAAGAGCUUAACCAAGGACGACGGCGAAAACAACGAGAACGGCAAAAAAGCGAUAGGUUUAGCAAAAGAAAAACUUUGCACGUGCAUCACUCUUUUUUCUAGCCAGUUUUCUUAGCCGUCGUUACGCGACUGCGACAUGGAACUUCCUAAUUUCACGCGCCCCCGCUAUGGAGUUGGUCAACACAGCACAAAAAUUUUCUUUUUCUUUUUCUAAACACAGAUACGGUCCUUUGGGAUUCAACCCCAGAGAAUUUUGUCAACAUUUAACAUACUAAAUGAAACUGAAUAAGUUCGAUGAAAUUUGAAACAGCGCGAAUUUACUUAGUUAAGUGACGUCGGGUUUGUUGUCUGAUCCAAAAAUUUUGCUACUAUGGCAACGUGACGUAAGACUUCUGCUCUCUAUUAGCAAAAAAACCAACAACCUUGCAAGUGCGCAGCACCCUUUUUGUACAUUUCUUUGACGUUGUUUUGCACGACUACAAUGUGAAACUUCCUAGCUCAUUUUAUGUUGGAAAAUGUGGUAUAUGCUCACCGAUGUUUCGUCGUGUUCCUGUUCAUUUUUUUUUCUACAGUGCCGCUCAUUUUCACCUUGUUGGCCGCCUUUUCUCAUUUUCUCACCGCCAUUUCCAUGUUUUUCCUCCAACGAAAUUUGUCUCUUGCUUCGCUUUAGCUCUGUUGUCGAUGUCAUUAAAGACCUUAAAAUUUAGUUGGACUUGACUUUGUUGUUGGUUUUUCUCUCUUCUAAGUCCGGAUGGACUUUCUCUCUCUAAAAAGUCGCGGUGGACUUUAGGUUUCCCGCCGAAAAACCCCGUGUUGCAUUUGCCAUACCUGUUGAUUGAGUUAUUCUACAUUGGUAUGCCUGUGGUGCGGAAGGGCGUGCGUACGCCCACGUGAUUAUUUAUGCACAGUGAACCAAAAUUCUUACCCAUGGUGCACCGCUGCGCGCGCGUGAGCUUCGCCAAAAAUGUUUAUGGUGAACCAAGACGUCAAAAACGCCAAAAUAGACCUUUGUCACGCGGCAGCCAUUUUGUCUCAAGAGAGUAGCUUUUUUUAUGCACAGCUAGCCUUGUAGAACCUUAACCUUCUAUUGGGGCAUGAAGAUUUUCGGAGGUUUCAAGCUAGAAAUUUUUUUGCCUGAUCUGAAUUUUUCUGCAAGAAAAAUACUAAAACGUUAUAGCGACUAUCCGCUGAGCGAAAGUUACAGAAUCACAGCUUUCAACCUUAAACAUUGGUUCAAUGAACAUAAUUUAAUAUCUAUUGCGAGCGUAAAGUCACGGCAUUGCUCAAGCAUUUUGCAACGGCAAAAGGUAUUUAAGUCUUCAGCCUCGCCGAAGCCUAUUUCCUUUUCGUAAACGAUCGUUUCCAUUUAUAACACGCGAUACCACCAUGUUGGUAACCAAGCCUUUACUCAUGAUGUAAUAUGCUCCCUGGAUUAACUUACAACAAGAACCCUCUUAAUAGCACAAGUCUCGCUUGCUUGGAGAUUAGAUAAGAGAUAAGGAGGCGAUUAAUUCCACACGAAGCAGGAUUUCUUCGCCAAAAGGUUUCUCUUCCCACUUUAUCGACGGUCGAGUGUUCUUCAGAAAAUUUAAUAAAUUCAGAAUAUUUAAUGAAUAUUUUCUUCAGAAUAUACGCUUGUACAAAUACAAAUCAUUGCUAGAAAGUAAAAACGUAAUGAACAUGGCGCGUCAUUUCAAUCAUCGCCAAAAAUAAACCGCAUGCUCAUCGCAAGACUCAUUUUCAUACAAUGAAAGUUUACAACGCCCGACCAGUUUAUAGUUUCUCCAUCGAAGUUUUCCGUGAAGCAUUCACUUGUUCCAAAGUAAUCAACGCUUUCAAGCAAUAGAAUUCGUGGAUCGAUCCGUUCCCGGAAAGUUCGACAUCCGUGCAUCAAUUUUUCCUAAACUUUCUUCACAAAAUAGAGCAUGGCGUUGUGACAGCUGGUAACAAUUUCCAUCCCUAGUUUCCACGAUCUCCACUAGUAACGCCUGGGACCAUGAUUCCCCUUUUGGCGCGCACACAAGCGAGACUAACUACCUACUUUUCUGAUCUCUGUUUUAAAAGCUUAGCUAGUAUUUUUUUUUUUCCGGGGAACAAGUUCCUUAUCUCAACUCAAAAGACUCCUCGUUUGUCACAGUUACUAAAACAAAAGGGCAUUAUCAAUCAUUUGCCCCAGUCCGUCUUAUGACGAGGCACUUAAUGAAACUGGUAUUCCAACCAUUAUUUCAUAUUGCGAGGACAUAUGUGACAAGGUUUUUAACGCUGCCCUCUGCAACAAGGACAACAAACUUAACAAGUUAUUAACUGAUGCCAAUAAGGCUCCAUAUUUACUAAGAAAUCAGCAAUACUUUGCACUUCCAAAGUGGAAAACGGACCGUUUUAAGAACACUUUUAUUUUGUCAUCGUGCCUAAUUAAAGUACAAUUAAACUGUGUCACGAUUGUGCGCAUGUGUGAGCUGUGACAGCAGCUGAUUGUCUUUGAACCAAUCGGAAGCGAGUAAGCUGCACGCGAGGAAAUUUACAUAAUUUAAGAUUCAUUGUUUGCGAAGUGGGAGUCUUUCGGACGUUUAUGUUCGAUUUUAUAUAUAUCCCCAUAAUUCAUAUUUAUUCUCCGGUAUUCCUCAGAUAAAUGUUGCAGAUGAUAAGAAUAAGAUUAACAACCCUGUCCUGCUUUGAAACAGACACUUACCUACGUGCAUUUUUACGUACCCACGAUAGAAAACCAGUCUCUGAUCCGCAAACAAAAAUAAGUUGUAAACAAACCCAUUAGUAGUCCACGGCUGUAUCGAGGAAACCCUUUUUAACUCCUCUUUACAUAUUUAUAGUUUGAAAAAUAUCCGUCAAAGGUAGAUAGUUGACUGGAGAACCUUGAUAGACAGAAAUGAAAGCCAGAUGACUACAUUAAAGGCCACAUUUGAUCCGUUUGUACGAACACUGACAACAACGAACUUGGCUUCGUACGGUUCUCCUGAAUGACUUCGAAUUUUCUCGACAAUACUUGCACAAAAGUACAAAAUAUGGCGUUCAAAACUUCCCAAAUGGACCAAAUAGCUCUUGAAUACUGAUAUUAUGGCUCUCUCGGGCGUCUCAGGGUCGAUGGAAGAGGAUUUCUUCACCAAACGCCAAUCUUGAAAAACUGUCCGCCGGAGACAAAUCAAGUUGCCGCACAUGCGCAGAAGCGUGUCACAGUCCCUUUGAAUGUUUCGGUUUGAAUGCUUUUAUAUAUUAUAUGCAUGAAUUUUUAAUAUUUUUAAUAUUGAUGUAUGGUAAAUUAUUUUAUUUUUAGCUUAGUUUUAUUUGUAAAUACGCAAUUUAGCCUCUGGUUGCCCAUGUAUUUAUUUUUGAAUAAUCUAUCUAUCUAUCCAUUUAUCUAUCUAUCUAUCUAAAAAAAUGGGCGUUUGUUUCGCUUGAGUCCAGCAAACAUGUAGGAUUGGUCUCAGACCUAAUAGUCCGCAUUUCCUCUAAACGAUCGUUUAACUCUUUUCUGUUUGACUUUGUGUUUACGAUUCACCACAAACAAGCUGCCAUUUCUACUUUGAUAUCGCGCCAAUAGUUUCGAAUAACUUACUUCCAUUUGACUGACGAACUUUAUCCUGAUACAAUUAAAGAAUAAUACAAGAAUAUUUUCAGCCUAAAAUCGGCAGAAAAAAAAUAAGGAUAUUCAGGCUAUGUCUUUUAAACUGAACAAACUGAAGCUAUAUAAUUCGACUUACAUCUUAUUAGCUGCUUUAAUUAUUAAGGAACAGAUCAUUUAUUAUAAGUAACUAGGGUGCUGUAUCUUUAGGCCGCCUCACACUCUUUAAGUCACCCGUGAACAUGCAAUUUAUCAAAAAACGUGUUUAUGGGUCCAGCAAAUACUGUUGGAUUGGUUUGCGACGUAAAAAUUCCGUUUUCCUCUCAAGUCACCUCUCAGCUCGUUCUGUCUGACUGUAUGUUUGCGAUUCAUGAUUGAAAACCAACUGCCUUUUGCUUAUUUAAUAUUGCAUCAGUAGUUUCAUAUAACUUCCUUCCUUUUUAACUGACGAACUUCAACAUUUAUACGACAUAUUGCGUUUCGCUUGAAAGAAAAUUAAUACUAAUUACUGUGCGAUGAUGACGUAACAUUUAAAGUUUUAAUUCCGGGUUCAGACAUGCAAAGUUUCAAUUUCAAGCAAGGUGAGAGUUUGGAUAUUCUGAGCACGACUCAGGGCCUUUUUUUACUUCUGUCGCGGAAGACUCCACAGACUCAGUUAAAAACCAAUUGCCAUCGUAAGAGGAAGUCUGGAGAAUAUUCAGCAAGUCUCGCAAAGAGUAAUUUCCAGCGUCAGUCUAGUGCAAAAAAGAAAAAAAAUGCAGAGUUCCUCAAAAGUACAGCUGCUGAAACUUAAGACUGUAUAUAACGCUCCAUUCAAUGGUGGAAGCAGAAGGUCAGUCUCAUUCGAAAACGGAUGAAACGCAGAAAACAACGAAAUUAAGAGCGACUUUCUGUAAAUACCACGGAUAGGUGUGCAAGAUGGAAAAAUCGAAAUCCCCCAAACUUUAUCACAGCAAAGCCCUUUGGAAACUAUUUUAGAAAAUACAAGAGUCAGUUCGUUUGACUUAAUAUUUUCCAAAAUAAUAAUUUUUUUUAAUUUUCACCUUCGAGAGGCCUUGAAACCACCGAAAAAUGUGCUUGAUACCCUCGCUUCGUGAAUGGAAACGGACACUAAUACCAUAACUUUUCUUAUAUUUAACAAUUUUAUGAUCCUUCCUUUCUACCUAAACGUUGUUACAAUUUCAAAAGAUUUCAAUCUGAUUUUUUAAUAUUUUUUCAAAAUUACCCUCUAAAUCAGCAUUAUCGCCACCAUCAAUUUUGCCAUUUUUCAACAGCGAAAAUCCCUUCUUGGUACAUGGCUUUCAUUCGAAAAAUGGUAUUCCAGAGAAAGAGCAAUAUUUCCCCUAUCAAUCUGUGAAAUAAAAUUCUGGGGCAAUUGAAACUGCGAGUUUUUACAACUGAAAACAUUUACGGUACUCGCGUGAUUUACGACCUCUGAACUUGCAGUUGUGUUGAUGAAUACAAGCGAGAACUUAGACAGCACUUGAAACUCUGGCGCAAAUUCGACCCUUUUCCGCCAGUUUAAACACCAAAAACGAUUUUCGAUUUCACAGUGGUAAAUUUUCAGAAGGAAAAGCAAUUUUAUUCUGCGAAAGUGUGCUAUGAACUUCUUGACUACAACAUUUCCCUUACGUGCGUAUUUGUUUACUUUUGCCGUUCGGUACAUAUAUGUACAAAACGGCUAAUAGUGUCGGUAGCUAUUCUUUCAAAUGCUCUCAUUUCUCAUGAACCAAAUCGUUAUAGCUAUAAAAAAGGAAAACAUUUUAACCUACCUCACAUUAUUUGACAACAGACCCGAAUCCUUCCUUUACUGCCUUUAGCGAGACGAGAUUGCGUGACAAACAACUUUGAGACCCAGGUUAUACCGCGGGGACAGAUGCCAUUCCGAAAAAGAACCUCACGCGGCACCUUCUGUAGCUAUAAAAGCGAAACAUGUAAAUAAUCAAAGUCCUUAGUUUCGUUGACUUAACAUUAAAAACGUAACAUUAAAAAAAUAUUUUUUCGUCAAGAGACUAUAUAGGGGUAGGCCCUUAUACAGUGGAACCGCGACAAAAGAACUUACGAAUGAUUUUCUUUACCUCAGCAAUAAUAGUAAAAUAUACCGUAAACCUAUAUCAAAGGCCCUUGUCAAAUAAGCCCCCUCCCUCUAAUAAGCCCCCCCUUUUCAGGGGAAGAAAGUUAACAAGCCCCCUCCCCCACUCCCCCUCUAUCAAGCACCCGCUUCCCACCCCUAAUUAUUCUUCACUAAUAAAUGAAAGACUGGAUCAAUCAAUCACGACCGUAAAACUUCGUGUGGACAGAUCCGGUAUGGUUAAUUAUUUACCGACUGGAAGUUCGGAUUUGAUUAUGAUCCUCGGCUGCAUGACCUAAGAUUUCCUGUACGUGAGCUUUUCCACUUUGUAUUCUAGUUCUUUAUGGAGAACCGAUACCAUCGUGGUUUCUAAAUUAAAUAUAUUAAGCGCCCCGUCUCUACUAAGCUCCUCCCCCUCAAAUGGCUUUGAAAUAAAUAAGCCCCCCCGGGGGGGGGGGGGGCUUAAUAGAGGAUUUACGGUAUGAAAAAAAACCUCGACAUAACGAAACCUCGUUAUAGCGGGCAAAUUUCAGGGGCACUCAACGACUGUUUUCUGUAAAAUAUAUGUUCGGAGAAGUAGAUUUGCCUAGAAUUUUCUAUAGCUUGAGGACGUCUAAAAAUUUCUAGAUGACCAUUCCGUUCCUGUUCAAUUUUCGAGGGUUAUCUUAUAAAUUCCCUACGAUUUUCUGAAGUUUAAUUUUUCCCAUUUUACAUCCCAGGUUAGGCUAAUUUUUCGUAGAAAAGAGGAAACCUAAAAUGUUCGGAUUCAAACAUGUGAUUGAGAGAGGAAUCAGAAAAAUUCUCACUUUCGUGAUACGUUAAAUUUCAUCUAAAAUGUUUGGGAAAAUAAUACUGAAGCCCUUGUAAUUUCGAAAAUACUCAAUGCAAGUUCCCCUAGGAUGACCGAACGGGAACAAAUUUUACAAGCCGCUUAGAAUGCAUUUCUAGAGAUCUAAAAGUGCUCUUGGUACGCCACUGAAAAGUGUUUUCAAUGAAUUUAGAAGGAAACCGUCGUUGGGUGGCUCAGAAAUUUUGUUAGUCCCUUGGCCCUUCGUUAAAUCGAAGUUCCACUGUAGUCUCUUGUUUUCAUCACGCUUGUUUUGAAAUAUGAUUAUGAAUUCGCUACUUGUAUUCUUAGAAAAAUGACAUUGAGGGGGAAAAGCUAAGUCGUAGUCUGAAAUGUCAUCCGUCCCUUCCCUCCACCCCCCUAAGGGGCCGCAGCAGGUUUCGGGGUGGAGCGAAGACACGCAUAACAUUUCAGACUAGACAUGGCGGGUCUAGAAAACCUGUAUAACUUUAGAGCACCUCUUGUGUUUAAAUUUUCUGUAGUUCUGGCAAACUCGAACAAGUUUUGCAUUUCUGAGCAACCUUUUGCCAAAAUGUAGGUUAUGGCACAUGUAAAGCCAGAAAAAGUGACCAGUUUGAUAGAAAAUGUCAAGUACGACUGAACCGCGCCCGUAUAAGCGCCCCUGAUGACUCCGGCGGGAGGGGGAGGCUGGGUGGGGAGGGGAAACUCUGAAAUUGAGUAAAGGGGGCCUAGCUCUAAGCAUAUCGCCUGCUUUUCAGUUGUACGUUUCCCUUGGCAAUAAAUUUGGCCCACAGUUUCGAGCAACUCUUUAAAGGAGAUUGCAAGCCCUUAUAUUUGGGUCCGUCAGGAACGCUCAGCGAUGAAACCAAAGAUCGCGCCUUCAAAAAACUUAUUUUAACUUACUGAAAGCUGUUUUUUCUUGACCGAUUUAACUUAUCGUUAGGAAAAAAGAAAAGGAAUCUCAUAAUUAGCGUAUGUAUAAAACCAUCAAGAAAUCUCGAAAUUCUGGAUUUUUUAAGAGAACAAAUACUUUCGAAAAAUUUAGGAGAGAGUCCGUGGACUGGAAAUAACUCGCUAUCAAUUAUCCGAAGAUAUCCGAAUAUCUCACUUUUCAACCCCACGUUAAUACGCUUCAUUUUUGAGGGGAGCCAACAUUAGCAGCGCCACUGUUAUUUCUUUUACGCCUGGGUAUCUCACGUUAUGCUUACGCGUAUCCGCAAGUGUGUCUUACAUCCUACGCUUACGUAAAGGUUAUAUACCUGGAACGAUGGGGUAUGUGAUAUAUUCACCUGGUACCGCCCCGAGGGCUACGUGUGUAAGACUGUUCCUUUUCAGAUUUUCAAUAGUAAUGCAAAAAACAAUAGCUUUCAGUUAGUGCGAACGGCCUUUCCUUCUUUUUUUAUUUUUUAGUUUCCUUUCUUCCUUUUUUUUCUCUCAAAAAAAGCGGUUUUUUUUCAAGGUGCGAGGGGCGAGAUCACUGGUUUCACCGCUCCAGCGUUUCAGACGGACGCAACAAUACGGCUUGCAAUCUUCUUUAAAGAUUUGCUCAGAAAUAUAAGCGAAAUUUAUCUCCAAGGCAGACUCACAGCUAAAGCGCAGACGGUAUGCUUAGAGCUAGGCCUCCUUUUCUCCAUUUCAAAAUCCCCCCUCCCCCCUGCCAGAGUCAUUAGGGGCGCUUAUACGGGCGCGGUUCAGUCGUACUUGACAUUUUUUUUUUUCUGGCUUGACAUAAGCCUAUAUUUUUCCCAAACGUUGCUCAGAAAUGCAAAACUUGCUCGAGGUUUCCAGAAGUACAGAAAGCUUUGCUUUUAGCACCAGAGGUGCUCUAAAAUUAUGCAGGUUUUCUAGCCCCGACCUGUCCAGUCUGCGUUUCUUCGCCCCACCCCGAAACGGGCUGCUGCCUCUUAGGGGUGGGGGGAAGGGACGAAUGACAUUUCAGACUACGAAUCAGCGCUUUUUUCCCCUCAAUGUCAUUUUUCUAAGGAUACAAGUAAGGAAUUCAUAUGCGUAUUUCAAAAUGUGUAAGCAGGCGUUUAUGGAAAGUAAGGGACUAUAAGGGCCCACCACUUCAUAGUCUCUUGUGGAAAAUAUUUUUUUUAGUCUUACGUUUUCAUAAUCGCUCUAGCGGAUAAGUCAGUGAAACUGAGGAUUUUGAUUAUUUACAUGUUUUGCUUUUAUAGUCACAGAAGGCGCCGCGUGAGCGUCUUUUUCGGAAUGGUAUCUGUCUUCGCGGUAUAACCUGGGUCUGAAAGUUCUUUGUCACGCAAUCUCGUUUCGCUGAAGGCAGUAAAGGAUUCGGGUCGUUGUCAAAUAAUGCGAGGUAGGUCAAAACGUUUUCCUUUUUUAUAGCUAUAACGGUUUGGUUCAUGAGAAAUGAGAGCAUUUUAACGAAUAGCUACCGACACUAAAGCGGUUUGUACAUAUGUGAUAACUGUUACAAAUACGGCAAAAGUAAACAAAUACGCACGUAGGGGAAGUGUUGUAGUCAAGAAGUUCAUAGCACACUUUCGUACAAUAAAAUUGCUUUUCCUUUUGAAAAUUUAUCACUGUGAAAUCUGAAAUCGUUUUUGGUGUUUAAACUGGCGGAAAAGGGUCGAAUUUGCGCCAGAGUUGCAAGUGCUGUCGAAGUUCUCCCUUGUGUUCAUCAAUACACCUACAAGUUCAGAGGUCGUAAAUCACGCUAGUACCGUAAAUGUUUUCAGUUGUAAAAACUCGCAGUUUCAAUUGCCCCAGAAUUUUAUUUCACAGAUUGAUAGGGGAAAUAUUGCUCUUUCUCUGGAAUACCAUUUUUCGAAUGAAAGCCAUGUACCAGGAAGGGAUUUUCGCCGUUGAAAAAUGGCAAAAUUGAUGGUGGCGAUAAUGCUGAUUUAGAGGGUAAUUUUGAAAAAAUAUUAAAAAAUCAGAUUGAAAUCUUUUGAAAUUGUAACAACGUUUAGGUAGAAAGGAAGGAUCAUAAGAUUGUUUAAUAUAAGAGAAGUCAUGGUAUUAGUUUCCGUUUCCAUUCACGAAGCCAGGGUAUCAAGCACAUUUUUCAUUGGUUUGAAGGCCUCUCGAAGGUGAAAAUUAAAAAAAAUUAUUAUUUUGGAAAAUAUCAAGUCAAACGAACUGAGUCUUGUAUUUUCUAAAAUAGUUUCCAAAGGGCUUUGUUGUGAUAAAGUUUGGGGGAUUUCGAUUUUUCCAUCUUGCACACCUAUCCGUGGUAUUUACAGAAAGUCGCUCUUAAGAUCUUUGCAUAUUAUAGAAACUGAACGCUGAUUAGGGUUAUGUAAAAAAAAAAAAAAGAUGGCAAGUGCUGAAGGCUUGAAUUUGACAUUUGUUUUCUUCAACGCUUUCUUUUCUUUCACCGCCAUCGUAUUAAACAUCAUAACCAUGCAAGCGCUCAGAAAAACGUCGUCGUUGCCUAAGACUUUAAAAACAUUGCUACUAAGCUUGGCUGUGUCUGAUCUGGGUGUAGGCUUACUUGUCCAUCCACUGUAUGUUGCAACUCUUGUGAUAGAAAAAAACAGUACUGCUUAUUCUACAGUAGAGUUAGCGCGUUCAAUCCAGGCAAGAAUAUUGGUCUUUGCUUCGAAUUUUGGUGUUUUUGCAAUAGCUGUGGACAGAUUCUUGGCCAUUCAUCUUCAUCUCAGAUAUCAGGAGCUUGUGACUCACAAACGUGUUGUUGCUGUUGUGAUCUCAGUCUGGGUGUUUAGUGCAUCAAUUUCCUAUCCAAGUCAUCCUAUUAUGCGAGCCGUCAUUGUAGUUGUUUGUGUCACAACUACAGGAUUGCUUUAUUGCAAGAUAUACGCUUCCGUCAGACACCACAUAAAUCAGAUUCACGCUCUGCAAGUGCAACAGGCGACACAGAAUGAAGAUAUGACAAAUGCCGCAAGGCUGAAAAAAUCUUCGCUGGCUACAUUCUACGUUUAUUUCGUGUACUUAGUUUGCUAUUUGCCACUUUCUUGUUAUCUUUUUGCUAAGACCGUCAACGGUGAAACUCCCUUGUUAUCUCAUUUAUUGUAUUUCACAAGGACACUUGUGUUUCUCAAUUCAUCCCUCAAUCCCUUGAUCUACUGCUGGAAGAUGAGACACAUUCGACAAACUGUUAUGGAUAUACUUCGAAAUAUUUUCGCGAUUUGUCCCCGCUAAAGAAAGGAUCUAACUGAGAAUAACUUUAUCGGCUUUUUUCUCUCUGAGUGGUGAAAAAAUUAGCUUUCCAGCAAUACUAUUGGAAAAAUGACACUAAAUAUAAAAGGGAACUGAAACCUUCUUGAGGGGGGCAUUGGGAUUUUCGGUUUUGCGGUUUUGGCUAUUUUUUAGAUCGGUUUUUCGGUUUUUGUUGCAAAAGACUUCGGUUUUUCGGUUUUGGUGGUCAUUGCGGUUUGCGGAUUUUUCGUUUUUUAGCAUCUGGUUUUCAGUUUUCGUGAAAAAUACUAGCGGUUUUUCGGUUUUGGUACCCGAUGUGGUUUUUGGUUUUUGGAAGGGCAGUGAGGUGCAAUAAUCGACUGCUUUUUUGAGUAUCUGUUUAUUACCACAUUAAACCUUAGAGCAAGUUCCUGCUGCCAUGUAAAACUGAAAAGGAACUAAUUGUACCGGUUAGCUUCCUCAGUGUCGACUCAGCUCAGUGCAAUCGCAUGUUAGACAAUCGAGUCUCCAAACUUUCAGGUGUUAGUUAUCAAAUGGAAAUGUUCGAUUAGAGAUUUUCGAUUAAAGUUUCCAGGGCUAUAGCUUUUUACGACUGCAAAAUUGCAAUUCUAAAGAGGACUUGUGUGCAAAUUCUCCUAAGUUAACUAGGCUCCAUAACUAGCGGCUUUUCGGAAAUUGAGCCGCAAAGUCUGGGCUCGAGAGAGCGGCAGAAACAAAGCCUAUGAUUAAGCAGACACAAAAAGAUACGAAGGCUUCAGACAAAGUCCAUGACAUUCACAAAUACUUUGGUGAAAUUAGUGUUAGUUUAGUUUUCUCUGUAUGCCCCACUUGUCACCACUGUAUCGGUUUUUGACGGUUUUGUAUGCGGUUUUCGGUUUUGGCCGAAUUUUUUUGCGGUUUUGCGGUUUUGGAUGAUUUUUUUCUUCGGUUUUGCGGUUUCUAAUAUACCCCAAUGCCCCCCUCCUUCUUGUACUCUCUGUUUGAAGGCCAAGGUAUAAAUAUAUGAUCGAGUGAGUACUGUAUGAGAUUUCAGUUUGCUUUGAAAUAAUUAACAAAUAACGGGAAACUUUGAAAGUAUUAUUUAUCAAAGUCAGAAAGAGGGCAAGUGAAAAAGAAAAAGCUGGGUGGUUUAGGACGAAUGACGAGUGACGUGAUAAAUAGAGGGCCGAGUUUCCAAAUUUUCAUGGGCAAAAAGUUCUGUGUACAGUAAAGUGUCUUAAAAAGUUUACUAGAUUUUGUUAACCAUAGUGCAUGUAAUAAAGAAAACUAACUAAAGAGGAGAGAGAUCAAAACUCUGUCAAUAAAUCUUCCAUACUGAAUGUGCCAAGAGUGGCGAAACGAUUUACCGAUAUGACAACAACAACAACAUAUAAUAAUAAUUAUUAUUAUUACAAUAAAAAUAAUAGGAAUAAUGCUAAUAAGAAUAAUAAUGAUAAGGAGAACAACACAGCCUAUACUAUUUGUUGAGAGAGAAGAAAACUAGUAGUUUAUACUGUUGAGAAUAUGUAUUACAAUACUUGUAAUUGGUUCACAUCAAUAAAGUUCACGUGAAAAAGUUAAAAUGUUUUGAAGAAUGGUAAAAAUAUACCAUUUAAUCAGGGUUUUUUUUUAAUUUGUCGAGUCCAGAAAUUACUGAAUAAGAUCACAACAUUUGAAAGUUUCAGACUGGGGGAGAAAGAGCUCUCCUCACAGCGCAACCGAUUGGAACAAAUGAUCGAUAGCUAAAUGACAUCAUAAUACUAAAAUACCAUAUUACGGAACCAGAAAGCAGUCAUAAUAUGGCUCCAGUAUCAAGCAAAGAGCUUCUUGCUCUCAUAGAUUAAAAACUUAAAACCAUAAUGUUUGACGAAACAAUUAAGUAUAAGGCCCAGGGUUGAACCUAAGUACACAGUUUCCUCAUGUCCCUGUUCAACGUCUUGCAAGCAACUCUCGGUACGUUGGUUUACAAUAAAGUUGAAACCUUGUACGAGACCGUACUUAAUAGGGCCAUUUAUACAAGGAAAAGUAAGACGCGUCUUGCAUAGGACGCGUCUUAAAUAAGACGCGAACUUUCCGUAUAAACGGCACAUUUCAUCUAAAAUAAGACGCGUCUUAGCUAAGACGCGUCUUAUUUUAGAACAGCCCGUAACACCAGUUCUUAGAUAAGACGCGUCUUUAUAGCUAAGACGAGAAAAACUUCGUAUAAAUGACCUUCGCGUCUUAAAUAAGACGCGAACGCAUAGUACGCAUGCGUUGAUUUUUGGCGCGCUACGUUGGAUUGGAGUUGCUAAGGGCAACAUUCACAUGAAAACGAGUCAAGAACAGAAAUAAGACGCGAACCAUUUAUACGAGCUGUUCUCGUCUUAGAUAAGACAUGCUCGUAUAAAUGGUACAGUUCGCGUCUUAUUCAAGACGCGUCUUAUUUUUCCUCGUAUAAAUGGCCCUAAUGUUUCUAUAGGCAUUUAGAAAGAGCGAGUCCAAAAAGUAAUUAUUGUAACAAACGAUGUAUAACAGAAGAAAAGUAACAACGUGAAAAUGAAAAAAACAAAUGACAAAAAUCGUAUAUUUUCCACUAUUCUUAAACUAACAUGUGUUCUCUCCGACACGUUAAUUUUCCUGUUCGGUGGUUACGAGAGCUCUUUCAUAAUCAUGAAAGUUCUUCCACAAUUUCUGUUUCAAGGGAGGGAGGGAAGAAAGGUAUGCUCUUGUCAUUUAGCAACUUUUAACCUCAAAGAAAAAUACAAUACAUGCACACUUCAUACACACUGAAGUUUUUUUUUUUAUUUUGGCCUACAAUGUAACUUCUAGGUUCAACACCCUAGCAAGUAGCGUUUUUUUAAUGGGUAAUAAAUUUUCUAUCUAGACUCCUCCCUGUGACUCGUCAUAGAUCGUUGUUUAUCAAAAGGUCUGCCCCAUAUUUUUUGUUUGGGUCCAGUAAAUACAUUGGAUUGGUCUCCAACUUGAAAGUCGAUUUUUCCUAUAAACCAUCGUUUAACUCUUUCUUUGUGUAUGACUUUGUAUUAGCGAUUGAUUGCAACCAGCUGCUGUUAAUAGAGCAUUUUUUCGUUUUUUUAUAGUUUUUACUUGAGUUCAGCAAACAAGAAAAAAAAACAAAAAACCUUAUUGAGUUAUCUCCAAAAUUGAACAUUACAGUUGGACAGAUUGUGAAAACUAAAGUCCGGGUAAAUUUAAAACAUAAUAAAAUCAUUUUUAAUCAUUUUUUAUCUUGUAUAGUAAUACUACUUUGCAAUGACGAAUAAGUAUGCCAAAAAAAUAUAAUGCACUGCCCUUGAAAAACUAACAAAGAGGUUGCAAGAACACAAAUAAGUAGCCCAGCAAAUAUUUUUGUUUGACGAUAACAACUUUUUGUAAUGAAAUGGUCACUGAAAACUACCCAUGCAAGACAUACUAAGGAACUUAAAAGAAACUAAACAUUCACAAGUCUUACAUUGAAACAAGACAUUGCUAUAUAUAUAUCUUACAGAAACAACAUAAAACAUUUAUAUAACAUACAAAUUCAAAAGAAUAUUGCAAACAAGAAAAUUAUACAUAAUUAUGCACAAAUGAAAUGCAAAUGGCCUGUAACAGCCAUUAAACCAUUGAAAAACAAACUUUUUAGUGUGACCAACAACCCUAGCACACUUGUAUACUUCAUGUCCAGUAUGAUUUAAUUUCAUUCUUGGUUAAAUUAAUUAACUGCAGCCAGGCUUAAAGGGAACCUCCACUCUUACUACAGAAUAAGUUUAAAUCGAUUAAAAUUAUGUUGAUAAACAAAUUUGUUCGAAAUUUGUCCUUAAAAAAAAGUGUUUAUAUCAGGAAAAGUGAAUUUUAAAAUCGCUUAUUUUCACUUUCAAAUUUCGCGGGCGCCGCCAUCUUGAAUAAUUGUGACGUGUUACAGUUGCUCUAUAGUUCUGACACAAAGAGCUUUUUUUUAAUAACAAUAGGGCAACCGUAACACUUCACAAUUAUUCAAGAUGGCGACACCCGCAAAAUUUGAAAACAAAAAUAGGCGAAUCUAAAAGUUAUUUCUUUCGGAUACAAACGCUUUCUUUAGAAAUAUUUUAGAUUGACUUGACAGUAACAGUUAUUUCCUGUGAUUUAAAGUUAUCUUUUUGUUGAAGUGGAGGUUCCCUUUAAUCAAACUUGAUGCAAAAUUGCUUUCCUGUUUCCUUGCCUACAAUAUAUAAUAUUAAGAGGGAGAAUAUAACGCUAGAAAUAUUAUACAGUAGUACAAUCAAAAGAUAAGGCACCUCCAGGAAAUCGAGUUGGUCCCUACUAUUCUUCAGUCAUUUUCUUUUACUCUCUAUAACAGUUACACCUGUCCAUUAAUACAGACAUUUUGUGCCAGUCCCAACAGUUUCCAUCUGAGAACUGACUGUAGUUUGUGCAACACCACACUUAAGCCUCUGACAACAAAAAUACAAUGUUGCACAGCAGUCUUAAUUUACUCUACUUGCAAUCAAAUUAAGACCUCUUCAUGUUCUUCUUCAUAUUCACGGUAUUAUGAACUCGUUUAUCUUUCAGUGUGUGUUCUGACUAGUAGUCUUUUCAGGCGGGCACUCAUUGUUGUCCUCCAAAAAAUCAUUAUAAUAACAAAUAAACACAUUAUAUGAUUUAAUUUUACAGACGAAUCGUUGUGGGGAUUUGAAAGCAAAUUUCUCCAUAGGUUUCUUUCUGUUUCUGUGCAAUACAACCUUUAGAUUUAUACCGCAGUGGAGCAGAAUUUGUGGUUCAUGUACAGACUGUCACACGAGAUCAUUCGAAUGCAAUUUUCUAGUAGAACUUUAAAAAUAGUCAGAACCUUCUUGGAUCGCGGUUCUGUAAUUAAAAAAAAUUAUUUACCAUCUUAGUGUAUCUAAAAAAAAGAAAAACCGCUAAAUUGGGCAACUGAAAUCUUUUAUUUUACUAACACUGAGGCUAAACGUCAACUUACAAAACAAAAACCUUGCCAUCGCCAUUAUGAAGUCGUCACUUCAGAAGUAAAAGAACCUUAAAGGUUCAUAAAAGUUCACUCUAAAAAGUUGCAUGCACAAACAAAAGUUAUAAAACCAUUUUUUGUAGCCGUUUAUUAUCAUUUGGUUUUGACUGGCAGGAUAGAACGUGACAUGUUCAACGAUUCGAUGGGCCAUUUUGACACUACAUAAACAUAAAAGGCGAGGAAACACCUUAACUUAUAAGACUUACUGUAAAAUAUCACCUAACUAGUUUCUGUAUAUCGCAUAAAAAUACGCCAAAUAUCAAAUCUAAUUAUAGAUUGCAGCGAUCUAAAGAUAUAAAGCAAAAACUCCGAACCUACCUCCAGCUCGGCGCCAUUUUUCUUGCCCCGACAGCGGUAACACUUGACAGCGGUCGAGAUACAUGAAGUACCUACCAAAGGCCAACUAGUUCCAGUCCUACUCCGCAUCAUAGCUGCAUGAACACAAACCAGAUUCGCGCUCUGCAAGUACCUGAACAAGUAGCUCAGAAUGGAGACAUGGCAAAUGCCGCAAGGCUGAGAAAAACUGCUGUUGCUACAUUUCACAUGUAUAUCUUGUUUUUAAUUUUUCAUAUUUAUAGUUCGUUCAAAAAAUAUAUAAACUCGUGUAAUGCGAAGCUGCGAAGGCAACGCCGAAGAACGGUAAAAAACAACAAUAGGUCUAAUUAGCAAAAAAGCAACUUUGCACGUGCAGCACACUUUUUUGUACAUUUCUUUGCCGUUGUGUUGCACGACUACAACGUGAAACUUCCACAAACUUCUUAGUUACACGCUUUAUGGGGGAAAUGUCGUACGUGUUCUCGCUCGCUUUUUUUUCGCUGCCGCUCAUUUUCACAUUGCAUUGGUGGCCGCUAGCAUUUCUCAUUUUCUCACCGCAGCUACAAAAUUGUCAUGUUGUUCUUGUAACAAAAAACUGUCUCCUUUUUUGUUUAUCUCUCGCUCUAGAUCUCUGUCGCCCUUUUUCUCGUUGAGCUUCGCUGGUGUGCCGCCUAGUUUCUCUUUUUUUUCUGUCUUUCACUUCCUCUAUUUUCCAAUUUUUUGGGAAUGACAGUUCAAUUAAUCUAAGCUUUUAAGCUUAGAUUUAUUGUCAUGUCCAAAAAUUUGGAGAAGUAUUACAAUACUUCAGACAACACGGAUACAGAAACAAUUUCUGCUUUCCGUUUUCGUCUUUAUUGACUCUUUAGUUGUCUCUGCUUUACAACACUUGAGUGGCUAUGCGAUUUUCCGCCCAAAUAACCUCGAGUUCCAUUUGGGUUGCCAUACCUGUUGAUUGACUUAUUUUACAUUGGUAUGCCUGUGGUGCGGACAGACGGUCAGUUGCUCGGUCGGGCUGUGUACGGUCACUUGAUUACCCAAUUUUUUAGGAUGGGUAGAUGUUACGAAUGCGUUACUUCGUAUUGCGUUACUAAGGUGCAUGCGCACCAGCUUAAGGGGCGAGGCCCUAUGAUUGUGUAAUCGUUUGUAAUCCUGCUUUGUGCUCUAUGCCUAUAUCGUGAUCGGUUAUGUGAACGUUUAUAAGGUCCAAUCAUUUUAAUCGGGAAAAGAGGUAUGAUUCUUCGUUUAAUAUAUAUUUUUUGCUUUUAUUGUUGCAUGAAUCACGGAUAAAUCAGUCUUUAUUUACCUACCGAACUAGUCGAUUAUCGUAUUUGCUUUGUAUCAUGUUAUCGCCGAGUUAUUUAAGACAUUGUGUUCAAGUCUCUUAGCUAGACUCGCGAUAAUUUCAUUGUUGUUUCUGUUACAGUUUUUACGUGCCUAAACGAUAAAUAAAUUUGUGAAGUAUCACCGAUCGCUAUCUAUGGUUUUGGCCAAUACCUUUUAACGCAACUUGAUGACCAGUACGCUACAGUAGAUUUACUUAGCUAUGGAGCUCCGCUACGAACAGAGUUAAUUUACACGUUCAGGGAUGGUUUAAACUUUGGAGGAGGUAUCCUUAAUAUACAGGUAGCUAAAACUGCAUUAAUACAGGUUUCAAUGUAUUUCUCUGAUGCACAGAUAACCAAAUUUUCUUACCCACGGUGCACCGCUGCGCGCGAGAGAGCUUGGUCAAAAAUGUUUGUGGUGAACCAAGACGUUCAAAACGCCAAAAUAGAUUUAUGCCACGCGGCAGCCGUUUUGUCUCAGGAGAUUUAAAAAGCUUUGUUUAUGCACAGCAAGCCUCGUAGAGAGAAACAAAAUGACCGCCGUGGGACAAAGGUCCAUUGCCUAAUUCCUUUUUUUCGCGUAUCGUCUGUCUGGCCUGGGGGUUAAUUAGUCCCUCUAAUUGUAAUGACCAAUGCGGGGAGGCUCAGCCCGAAAAGGGUACCUUAUUCACGCCUCAGGUAUAUGAAAGGGUAGGGAUUUCACCAGUUGAAGUAAAUGAAACUGUAGGUAGAUUUGUCAUUUCGGUCCGUAACAAGGCCAACACAACUGAAAGAUGCAUUAUGUCUGUGAGAGAGUCGGCGCGAGAAAACUUUCUGGCUUUCAGAUUUGUUCACAUGAAAAGACAGUCCAUUUACAGCAGUUCGAAGGGAUACAAAGUUCUAAACAAGGUAUGUGGAAGGGGUACCAUUUAUCAAUAGAAGGCAGACGAAAGGGGUACUGUUGAAGUGACAAAUGAAAUAAUUGAUUACAAAUGUAGUAAAAAUUGGCCACAAAUGUAAUAGAAACCUAAAAUGCUAUCAAAACCGUAUAUUACUCGAAAGAGUACCGCUUUAAAUUAAAGUCGAACACAAAUAAGUUCCGCGGCACCCUUUCGAAAAACACAACUCUGUUGCCGUGAUUUAAUCCAAAGAGCGCAGCCCUCAAAUAACUUUCGCAACUUAAAGUCGAAAAACAAUAAGCGCCGUGGCGCUCUUUUCCAGUAAACAGAAUUUAAUACACUCUUCUUGCGCCCGCUCGCUCGCUGUCCGGACGAGAAACAUUGUUUUACUUGGCCUGACCGUAUCAGCAAAUCGGGACUAGUGUGCGAGAAUUUGCAUCAUUUAUUGGGAGUGUCACGUGGGCAAACUAAAAGCAAGGGGUAACUCCUGAUCUGCCUUCCCCGCGUACGCAUGGGAGAACUGCCUUGCGGUUCUCAGCCAGCAGCUCCCAAGAUUGGCUCAAUGACCAAAAUAGUGUUUCCUCAAGAUCAACACGGAUACAAACUGGAAAAUAUGAAAUCUGCGGCGUUCCCACAUGCACAUGUUACAGUUACAAAUCUUAAAACUAAAAGACUGGUAUAUAACAACUAAAUAUUACAGAUUGGACCAUAAUGAUUACAUUAGAUUAAAACAGAAAAGAAUAACACAGCAGUUCACACAAUAGCAUUAGACCUGUUAAUUUUUCGAAAUCAUACCUUCAACUGAUUCUAGCCUUAAAUUCAUCCAGAGCUAAAUCUUUAGGUGCUAACUUAUUCAUGUACAAGUAAUUUUUAGCAAGCAGAAGAGAAAAUCGAGCCUUUUGGCAAUUUCCAAUCAUUUCUAUCUUUUGAAAGCUGAAAAUACUAGUGUCUUUUGACGCGAUUUCUCAAACCCCGAACUUUGAGUGACAAGAUGAGACGUUUACCUUGUACCGUUACUGUAAGAUAAGGUGAUAGGGAAAAAACACUAAAAGAGAAUCUGUCAAUUAACUGGCCGAUAAUCAGGAGAAUAGCUACCAAGAUGAUAUAAGUACAACUAAGUGCCGGAUACAGACGUUGAUCAUGAAAUAAGGGGUCGGGGGGGGGGGGGGAAGGGUGGUCAUCCAGACCCUUAGAUAAGGGGGGGGGCAGUCUUCAAAAAAAGUUUUUUUUUUUUUUUUUUCAGUCUGUUCUAAAAAUAAGACAAGAGGAUAUCCGGAGGCCGGGCCCCCUGGGCCCGUUCCCUGGAUCCAAUGCUGCAACUUCAGGCAAACAAAUUUCACGGAUUUUUCAAAGACAAAUUAAAUUACAGCUUUUAAGGACUGAGAUUUAUUUUAAAAAUCGGCAUUCUUUAACCCCCUUUGAUCACUCUGGCGGGCUAAAACCCUAGCCUUUACAAUUAAUUUUUACCCCCAUACUACUUUCCGCAACAAGACUGACUAGGUGUGACUUGCAGUUGCAUCUGAGAUAAAGAAAUAGCAUUUGAAAUAGAGAAACAGAAAUAAAAUAUUGUUCAUGUACAAAAAUGUUUUUACGUUAUACCCGUGAGUUUUAGAGGUUCUUGUACACCAAGGGUAAGCCAAAUUCUCCUCGGUAAAAUAAUCCGAGUAAUUUUACAGAAAAAGGAAGGUGCAUACAAGAGUGUGAAUUUCAAAGACUUUUCAAGACCUAAUAAAGACAUCAAGUAUUUUUUAAGGAACUAAACCGAAUUCAAAGACUCAGAAUUUCAAGACGACUAGUAAAAUUCAAGACCUUUUCAAGAUUGAACGGACCAUGUAUAACAGAAACAGAAAGCAACGCUAAACGGCGACGGCGACGAAAACGACAAAAAAAUAGUAAAUAGGUCCAAUAGAGAGGAGAAGUGUGACGUCACGUUGCCAUGGUAGCAAAAAUUCUGGAUGACAGCAAUGAAGUGCUUAAGCACAGGGAGCCCGAACGCUGUAUUAGGUAAUAGAAAAACAUUAGAUGUAUUUACGCUGUAUUAGCUAAUAAAAUAACAAGAGGCAAUUUCCUUUGUUCCGAUCAGAGACGGUUAACAUUGCUGGUUAUCAAAUGCGUUUGCUUGUCUGGCGCGUCGUAAAUAGACGCUCAAGUUUCGUCUCACGUUUCUAAUAUUGUUAACUAUUAACUUUCCUCUAACGGCCACGAGAGAGUCUCUUUUCUCUUCUCGUGACCGUUAAAUUGAAACCCCAGAUCAUCUCCCAAGGAGAUCGAGAGUUAAUAGUUAACAUGACAAUGUUAGAAACGUGAGACGAAACUUGAGCGUCUUAUUUACGACGCGCCAGACAAGCAAACGCAUUUGAUAACCAGGAAUGUUAACCGUCUCUGAUCGGAUUCAAAUCCCUUCCAAAACGACUUAUAACGACACAGGAACAAAGGAAGGGCUCCCUGUGGCUUAAGCAAGGACGACGGCGAAAAUAACGAGAACGGCAAAAAGCGAUAGGUUUAGCAAAACAUACAGCAACUUUGCACGUGCAUCACGCUUUUUUCUAGCUACAUUUCUUAGCCGUCGUUACACGACUGCGCUUCCUAAUUUCACGCUCCCGCUCUAUGGAGCUGGUCAACACAGCACAAAAAUGUUCUUUUUCUUUUUCUAAACUCGGAUACAGUCCUUUCAGAGAAUUUUGUCAACAUUUAACACAUUAAAUGAGACUGAAUAUGUUCGAUGAAAUUUGAAACAGUGCGAAUUUACUUAGUUAAGUGACGUUUUUGGUUUGUUGUCUGAUCCAAAAACUUUGCUACUGUAGCAACGUGGCAUAAAGACUUCUCCUCUCUAUUAGCAAAAACAACAACAACAACAACAACCUUGCACUUGCGCAGCACACUUUUUUGUACAUUUCUUUCGGCUGACCUUGUUUUGCACAACUACAAUGUGAAACUUCCUAACUCAUUUAUGUUGGAAAAUGUCGUAUGUGCUCACCAAUGUUUUGUCAUGUUCCUGUUCACUUUUUUUUCUACACUGCCGCUCAUUUUCACCUUGUUGGCCGCUUUUUCUAAUUUUCUCACAGCCAAUUUCCAUGUUUUUCGAAAUUUGUCUUUUGUUUUUGUCUAACGCUUUAGCUCUGUUGUCGACGUCAUUAAAGAUUUUAAAAUUUAGUCGCACUUGUCUUUGGGCGCGAUCCAUUCAACCAAACUUUCCGGAAAUUUCGGUCCAAAACUCAAUGGAUCGGUUCGGUCCAACCGGAAAAGUUUCGAAAAAACGGGUCCACCUUUUGAGGUGGUCCUCUUUUCCCGGUCGGACCGGUUGGAAUUUUGGUUGAAUGGAUCGCGCCCUUGGUUGUUGGUUUUUCUCUCUUCUAAGUCCGGAUGGACUUUCUCUCUCUAAAAAGUCGGGGUGGACUCUAGGUUUCCCGCCAAAAAACCCGUGUUGCAUUUGCCAUACCUGUUGAUUGAGUUAUUUUACAUUAAUAUGCCUGUGGUGCGGAAGGGCGUGCGUACGCUCACGUGAUUAUUUAUGCACAGUGAACCAAAAUUCUUACCCAUGGUGCACCGUUGCGCGGGCGAGCUUCGCCAAUAAUGUUUGUGGUGAACCAAGACGUCAAAAACGCCAAAAUAGACCUUUGUCACGCGGCAGCCAUUUUGUCUCAGGAGAUUUAAAAAACUUUGUUUAUGCACAGCUAGCCUUGUAGAACCUUAACCUUCUAUUGGGGCAUGAAGAUUUUCAGAGAUUUCAAGGAAAUUUUUUGCCUGAUCUGAAUUUGUCUGCAAGAAAAAUAUUAAACUUUGUAGCGACUAUCCGCUGAGCAAAACUUACGGAAUAACAGCUUUCAACCUUAAACAUUGGUUCAAUGAACAUAAUUUAAUAUCUAUUGCGAGCGUAAAGUCACGGCAUUGCUCAAGCACUUUGCAACGGCAAAAGAUGUUUAAGUCUUCAGCCUCGCCGACGCCUAUUUCCCUUUCGUAAACGAUCGUUGCCAUUUAUAACACACGAUACCACCAUGUUGCUUGGUAACCAAGCCUUUAGUCAUGAUGUAAUAUGCUCCCUGGAUUAACUUGCAACAAGAACGCCACGCAUAGUCUCGCUUGCUUGGAGAUUAGAUAAGAGAUAAGGAGGCGUUUAAUUCUACACGAAGCAGGAUUUCUUUGCAAAAAGGUUUCACUUCCCACUUUAUCGACGGUCGAGUAUUCUUCAGAGUAUUUAAUGAAUUUUUUCUUCAGAAUAUACGCGUGUACAAAUACAAAUCAUUGCUAGAAAGUAAAAACGUGAUGAACAUGGCGCAUCAUUUUAAUCAUCGCCAAAAAUAAACCGCAUGCUCAUCACAAGACUCAUUUUCAUACAAUGAAAGUUUACAACGCCCGACCAGUUUAUAGCCUCACCAUCGACGGUUUCACUGAAGCAUUCACUUGUUCAAAAGUAAUCAACGAUUUCAAGCAAUAGAAUUCGUGGACCGACCGGUUCCGGGAAAGCUCAACAUCUCUGCAUGAUUCUUUCCUAAGCUUUCUUCACAAAAUAGAGCAUGGCGCUGUGACAGGUAGCAAUUCCCAUCCUCAGUUUCCAUGAUCUCUGCUAGUAACACCUGGGACCAUGAUUCCCUUUUGGCGCGCACACAAACGAGACUAACUACCUACUUUGCUGGUCUAUGUUUUAAAAGCUUAGCUAGUAAUUUUUUUUUUUCAACGGGGAACAAGUUCCUUCUCUCAUGUCAAGAGACUCGUCCUUUGUCAUAGUUACUAAAAAAACGUGCGUUUGUUUCGCUUGAGUCCAGCAAACAUGUAGGAUUGGUUUCAUACUUAAUAGUCUGCAUUUCCUCUAAACCAUUGCUUAACUCUCUUCUGUCUGACUUUCUGUUUACGAUUCACCGCAAACCAGCUGCCAUUUCUACUUUGAUAUCGCUCCAAUAGUUUCGAAUAACUCACUGCCAUUUAAUAUUUUUAGCCUAAAAUCGGCAGGAAAAGAAAUAAGAAUAUUCAGCCUGUGUGUUUUAAACUGAAGAAACUGACGCUAUAUAAUACGACUUACAUCUUAUUAGCUGCCUUAAAGUUAAUAAAGGGUACUAUAGUGUAAGUUGAUUUUUUUGUAGUCGAUUGCAGUUUAAGGCAUAUAUUACUUUUUUACACAUGGUUGCUCAUCGGAUUGCCACGUCAUGUACAAACGGGUGUUCUGAAUAUUUGCAAUUGAUGAUGAUUUAUUAAGUAGCUAGGGUACUGUAUCUUUAGGCCGCCUCAUACUCUUUAAGUCACUCUUGAACAUGUAGUUUAUCAAAAAAUGUGUUCAUGGGUCCAGCAAAUACUGCUGGAUUGGUUUGCGACGUAAAAAUUCCCUUUUCCUCUUAAGUUACCUGUCAGCUCGUUCUGUCUGAUUGUAUAUUUGCCAUUCAUAAUUGAAAACCAACUGCCUUUGUUUAUUUAAAAUUGCGUCAGUAGUUUCAUAUAACUUCCUUCCUUUUUAACUGACGAACUUCAACAUUUAUGCGACCUAUUGCGUUUCGCUUGAAAGAAAAUUAAUACUAAUUACUGUGUGAUGAUGACGUUACAUUUAAAGUUUUAAUUCCGGGUUCAGACAUGCAAAGUUUCAAUUUCAAACAAGGUGAGAGUUUGGAUAUUGUGAGCACGACUUAAUGACUUUUUUUACUACUGUCGCGGAAGACUCAACAGUACUCAGUUAAAAACCAAUUGCCAUCGGAGGAGGAAGACUGGAGAAAAUUCAGUAAGUCUCGCAAAGAGUAAUUUCCAGCGUCAGUCUCGUGAAAAAAAGAAAUAUAUGCAGAGUUCCUCAAACGUUCUACACAGCUGCUGAAACUUAAGACUGUACAUAACGCUCCAUUCAAUGGUGGAAGCUGAAGGUCAGUCUCAUUCAAAAACGGAUGAAACCUAGACAGCAAUGAAAUUUUUUGCAUAUGAUAGAAACUGAACGCAGAUUAGGGUUACGUAAAAAAAAAGAUGGCGAGUGCUGAAGGCUUGCAUUUGACACUUGUUUUCUUCAACGCUUUCUUGUCUUUCACCGCCAUCGUAUUAAACAUCAUAACCAUGCAAGCGCUCAGAAAAACGUCGUCGUUGCCUAAGACUUUAAAAACAUUGCUACUAAGCUUGGCUGUGUCUGAUCUGGGUGUAGGCUUACUUGUCCAACCACUGUAUCUUGCAAUUCUUGUGAUGGAAAUAAAACAAAACACAAACAGUGCUGCUUAUCAUACAGUAAAGAAAGCGCUUUCAAUCCAGGGAAGAACAUUGGUCUUUGCUUCGCAUUUUGGUGUUUUUGGAUUAGCUGUGGACAGAUUCUUGGCCAUUCAGCUUCAUCUCAGAUAUCAGGAGCUUGUGACUCACAAACGUGUUGUUGCUGUUGUGAUCUCAGUCUGGGUGUUUAGUGCAUCAAUUUCCAUCCUACAUGACUGGUCUGGUUUUUAUAUUAUGAAAGCGGUCAUUUUCGUUGUUUGUGUCAUAACUACAGGAUUGCUUUAUUGCAAGAUAUACGCUUCCGUGAGACACCACACAAAUCAGAUUCACGCUCUGCAAGUACAACAGGCGACACAGAAUGAAGAUAUGGCAAAUGCCGCAAGGCUGAAAAAAUCUUCACUGGCUACAUUCUACGUUUAUUUCGUGUAUUUAGUUUGCUAUUUGCCAUUGUAUUGUGUUGUUUUUGCCCAGACCAAUGGUGAAACUCCCUUGUUAUCUCAUUUAUCUUAUUUCACAAGGACUCUUGCGUAUCUCAAUUCAUCCCUCAAUCCCUUAAUCUACUGCUGGAAGAUGAGACACAUUCGACAAACUGUUAUGGAUAUACUUCAAAAUAUUUUCGCGACUGGCCCGCACUAAAGAAAGGAUCUAACAGAGAAUAACUUAAUCGGCCUUUUUCUCUCUGAGUGGUGAAAAUUUUAGCUUUCUAGAAAUACAAUUGGAAAAAUGAUACUAAAUAUAAAUGUGACCUGAAACCUCUUGUACUCUCUGUUUGAAGGCAAAGGGAUAAAUAUUUCUUGAUCGAGUGAGUUUAAGUUCAUGAGAUUUCAGUUUGCUUUGGAAUAAUAUAAUUAACAAAUAACGGGAAACUCUGAAAGUAUUAUUUAUCAAAGUCAGAAAGAGGGCAAAAAGAAAAAGCUGGGUGGUUUAGGACGAAUGAGGAGUGACGUGAUAAAUAGAGGGCCGAAUUUCCAAAUUUUCAUGGGCAAAAAGUUCUGUGUACAGUAAAGUGAAUUUAUUAGAUUGUUAAAAUGGAAUUAUGGAAAAUUAGGCGACAGGUACGCUAUUUUUCUAUUUUUUCAUUUUUUGAACAAAAUGGAAAAAAUGAAAAAAUGGUGGGAAUAAAUAUUAUUUUUUCAUUUUUCCUUUUUUCUAUUUUUUGCGAAAAACGGAAAAAAUAAAAAAAUGAGUUAAGAAUCGGAGAUUAUUUCAUUUUUCUCAUUUUCUAACAAUAUCAAGAAAAUAAAAAAUAGCAAAAUAUCGCUUUUCGUCGUUUACAGUAUUUUUUGAAUUUUUCAAGAAGCGGACUUCAAAAUUAGGAAAAUGAAAAAAUGAUCAAUUUUCCUGACCAUUUUCUUUUUUUCUAUUUUUUUCUGUACUUUUAAAUAUGUAAAUAUGAUAACGAUAAGUUAUAUUUCCUUUUUCCGUUUUUGUUGAAAAAAUAGAAAAUUAGAUUGGCCGAAGUGUGCACGGACCUACAAGUCCCUCCUCUAGCCGCUUGUAAUUAUUGUAUUUUGAAUUCAUUACAAAAUAAUUGUAAUUAAUCUCGUCUGUAAUUUCGUAAUUAUCGUAUAUCUUGCCGUAUCUUUACAUCAUUAGAAUAAUAUAUUUUGAAUUCAUUAUUGUAAUUAAUCACCCCACGGCCAUAAGGUGGCAAAUGAAAAAAUGAAAAAAAAAGAAUCCUUAUUUCAAAUCUUUUUAAAACAGUAUUCUUAUCUCGAUAUACAUACGUUAAUGAAUGAAAUGAAAGGAAUUUAAAAUUUUCUUUUGUUAAUAAACGAAAUAAAAAAAAUUUAAAGUUCUUGUUUCUUGUUUCUAUUUAUGUGCUUGUGGUUUUGUUGGCCUCUAAAACUACAUUUACAUUUGCAAGUUUUCUAUCCCUCCUCUAGCCGCUUGUAAUUAUUGUAUUUUGAAUUCAUUAUCAAAUAAUUGUAUAAUCUCUUCUGUAAUUUCGUAAUUAUUGUAUGUCUUGUAUCUUUAUAUCAUUAGAAUAAUAUAGUUACUAAUUAGUUACUAUUCUCAUUCGUAUAAAAGCCGCCGCGUGACGAUUUAAUCAACUAGAUUAGUGUGUGCUCCCCCGCGAAGCAGUCUAUUGGUCCUUUACGGUCCCCAGGGAAAUUCCCUAGGCCUUUUAUAAGCCCUAGCAAACAAAUUCACCGUCUUCUCGCAAGUCUACUCUACAACGGGCAAGCAAGUUUCCCCACCCUCCUCCCCUUCAGCGGCGCUGGCAAAUUUUCUCUAUCAGCCCACAUUAUGCCUUAUGCAAAAUUUUCACCCAUAACUUAUCCAUCAAAAGGCAUAAGGUGGCUUUUAUGCGAAUGUGAAUUAGUUACUAUCGCGUUUCGGUUUUAAUGAAAAUAUAUUCAAAUUACUGUGUGAUGAGGACUUUAUAAAUUAUGAAUUACUGGCUCUGUUUUAAUGCUCUGCUCUUGUUUUAAUUCCAAACAAGGGAAUAUUUCGGAUGCUACGAGUACAACUUUAUGUGUCAAUGAAGGGAGAAAGUAUCGUCUUGUUUAUUAAAUGCGCAUUAAAUUGCAAGCAAUGAUGAACUUUCUUUAUAUUAACCUAAAAAGCUGGAGAUAAAUAAAUAUGAUUCACGUUUUGAUAGCUGCCUCGGAUGAAUUUAAUACCACUAUCCAUUAAGUAAGUUAAUAAAGCAUAGUAUAUGGUCCUUGAUUACUUUCUUAAUAAAAUGAAAUUGAAGCAUGCUUCUCGAGUUGAUUGUAGUUUAAGGCAUAUAUUACUUUUUUGGAAUAUGAUUACUCAUUGAAUUGCCUUUUGGUGUUGGCUGGUUUCAUUAAGCUGAGACUCAGACAAUGGGCCGGUGUUUUAGACGUUCUGAUCGUUUGCAGCUGAUCAAGUCUGACACAUAUAUGACCGAAUGAUUUUUUAAGUAACUACCCACUGUAUCUUUGUUUUAAAACCCCAGCUAGUAAGUUUUUUUUAUAGGUAAUGUCUUUUUUUUCUGAACCCCCAGUCCUAAGACUCGUCGUAAGUCGUAUUUAAUUAAAACUUGGGCGUUUUUUAUAGUUUUUACUUGAGUUCAGCAAACACGUUGGAUUGGUGUCCGACCUAAUAGUCAGCUUUUAACGCCUUCCAAACUAAAAUGUGGAUUUCCAAUUUGGAAAAAUCCAGAAGAGUAUUGGCAUUUGAUACUGAAAAACUUUGUGUUUCUGAAAGGUUUUCGCUAAUUAGAAGGAGAAAAAAUAGUGUUCAGUUGUGUCCACAACUGGCGCGCACAUAAGCGAGACUAACUACCUACUGUGCUGGUCUAUGUUUUAAAAGCUUAGCUAGUAAUUUUUUUUACGGGGAACAAGUUCCUUCUUUCAUGUCAAGAGACUCGUCGUUUGUCAUAGUUACUAAAAAAACGUGCGUUUGUUUCGCUUUAGUCCAGCAAACAUGUAGGAUUGGUCUCAUACUUAAUAGUCUGCAUUUCCUCUAAACCAUUGCUUAACUCUUUUCUGUUUGACUUUGUGUUUACGAUUCACCACAAACCAGCUGCCAUUUCUACUUUGAUAUCGCGCCAAUAGUUUCGAAUAACUCACUUCCAUUUGACUGACGAACUUUAUCCUGAUACAAUUAAAGAAUUAUAAUACAAAAAUAUUUUCAGCCUAAAAUCGGCAGAAAAAACAUAAUAUUCAGCCUGUGUGUUUUAAACUGAAGAAACUGAAGCUAUAUAAUACGACUUGCAUCUUAUUAGUUGCUCUAAUUAUUAAGGAACAGAUGAUUUAUUAAGUGACUAGGGUGCUGUAUCUUUAGGCUGCCUCACACUCUUUAAGUCACCCGUGAGCAUGCAAUUCAUCAGAAAAUGUGUUCAUGGGUCCAGCAGAUACUGUUGGAUUGGUUUUCGACGUAAAAAUUCCGUUUUCCUCUCAAGUCACCUCUCAGCUCAUUCUGUCUGACUGUAUGUUUGCGAUUCAUGAUUGAAACCCAACUGCCUUUUGCUUAUUUAAUAUUGCAUCAUUAGUUUCAUAUAACUUCCUUCCUUUUUAACUGACGAACUUCAACAAUUAUACGACCUAUUGCGUUUCGCUUGAAAGAAAAUUAAUACUAAUUACUGUGUGAUGAUAACGUUACAUUUAAAGUUUGAACUCCGGGUUCAGACAUGCAAAGUUUCAAUUUCAAGCAAGAUGAGAGUUUGGAUAUUGUGAGCACGACUUAGGGACUUUUUUUACUAACUCCACAGUUCUCAGUUAAAAACCAAUUGCCAUCGGAGGAGGAAGUCUGGAGAAUAUUCAGUAAGUCUCGCAAAGAGUAAUUUCCAGCGUCAGUCUCGUGCAAAAAAGAAAAAAAUUGCAGAGUUCGUCAAAAGUAUGGCUGCUGAAACUUAAGACUGUGUAUAACGCUCCAUUCAAUGGUGGAAGCUGAAGGUCAGUCUCAUUCAAAAACGGAUGAAACCUAGACAGCAAUGAAAUUCAGAUCUUUACGUAUUAUAGAAAUUGAACGCUGAUUAGGGCUAUGUAAAAAAAAAAAAAAAGAUGGCAAGUGCUGAAGGCUUGAAUUUGACAUUUGUUUUCUUCAACGCUUUCUUGUCUUUCACCGCCAUCGUAUUAAACAUCAUUACCAUGCAAGCGCUCAGAAAAACGUCGUCGUUGCCUAAGACUUUAAAAACAUUGCUACUAAGCUUGGCUGUGUCUGAUCUGGGUGUAGGCUUACUUGUCCAUCCACUGUAUGUUGCAACUCUUGUGAUAGAAAAAAUCAGUACUGCUUAUUCUACAGUAGAGUUAGCGCGUUCAAUCCAGGCAAAAAUAUUGGUCUUUGCUUCGCAUUUUGGUGUUUUUGCAAUAGCUGUGGACAGAUUCUUGGCCAUUCAGCUUCAUCUCAGAUAUCAGGAGCUUGUGACUCACAAACGAGUUGUUGCUGUUGUGAUCUCAGUCUGGGUGUUUAGUGCAUCAAUUUCCUAUCCAAGUCAUCGUAUUAUGCGAGCGGUCAUUGUAGUUGUUUGUGUCACAACUACAGGAUUGCUUUAUUGCAAGAUAUACGCUUCCGUCAGACACCACACAAAUCAGAUUCACGCUCUGCAAGUGCAACAGGCGACUCAGAAUGAAGAUAUGACAAAUGCCGCAAGGCUGAAAAAAUCUUCACUGGCUACAUUCUACGUUUAUUUCGUGUACUUAGUUUGCUAUUUGCCACUUUCUUGUUAUCUUUUUUCUGAGACCGUCAACGGUGACACUCCCUUGUUAUCUCAUUUAUUGUAUUUCACAAGGACACUUGUGUUUCUCAAUUCAUCCCUCAAUCCCUUGAUCUACUGCUGGAAGAUGAGACACAUUCGACAAACUGUUAUGGAUAUACUUCGAAAUAUUUUCGCGAUUUGUCCCCGCUAA